UUGUAGGUCUCUCUACCAAUUGCUGAAUUCCCACGUAUAAUUUUCCUGUCUAUCGUACUCGGAUUACUCCUCAAUGAAUGAACGCAACAUACACGAGAAAGAGAGAUCUUCCCCCUCUGUCUCUCUCUCUCUCUUAGAUGUCUCACCGGCCAAUCCCCGUUUGGCUCUCUUAAAUUUCAUCUCUUCCGAGGAACACAAGCCUACGCGAGUGAAGGAUGGCAGAUGCAUGAAGACAAACCUUGCCUGUGAUCGCCUUCUGCUGCCUCAUCAGCUACUGCCACUACUACAGCUACUACUACUACUACAAAUCUCCCCCCUCCUCUUGCUUUUAUAUCGCAACCCAAUCGCCACCAUUGCCCGCAACGACUUCCGAUGCUCGUCGAGGGAGGAAGGUAGAAGCGAUGAGCUCAGAGUGCAGCAGCGGUUGUCAAUCCGGUUGGACUACCUACUUUGUCCACUCAUCAGAAGAUGGUGAAUCCUUCCGACGGGUCGAGGAGGAGGACUUGUCUAUGAUCUCUGAUGCAUCCUCCGGACCGCAACAUUUCAAUGAAGUUAAUGGGAACGGCUACUGCUACCUUUACUCUGCUUUGCUUCCGGCUGACGGCGGCAAGAAGAAGAGAACUCUGGUCGAGCCCCAACAAAUCCAGCGAUCCUCUGUUCUGGAUGACACUGCCAGUUCCCACCUCUUGACCAACUCCAAGAAUAGCUUCACGGACUGCAACUAUCAGAUGAAGGAAUCCAUGGAGGAAAUUGUGGACUUCCCUUAUGACUUCUCCACGACCCAAUUUCAAGCAAACUCUGCUCUGAGGAUGCAAAUGGGGCACUCUCAAUCUUCUGUUUGUGCCAAACCAACUGCAACGAGACCGGGAUCGAGGAAAAAAGGAAGGAAGAUGUAUUAAUGACUGAGGCUCCUCUGUUUCGGAGAAGAAAACGAAUGCUACGAAGAUAGACAGAUUUCUUCCUCGAGCGCUUUUUAUUGUUGUCGUCGUUGUUUUUUCCUCAGUUCUAUGUCAAUGCAUCAGGAAACAGCUGCCUGAGCAGAUGUGAA